ACGUUAACUAACACGGGCAACAUAACAUCACCCCCCAUGUGGCCGUGUCUCCAGUCCACUCAGUGUGAAGCAAGGUGGCGGAUUGGCAGGAGGAGGUGGUGCUGGAAGGGAGGUGCCAGGCCGCCGUGCAUAGAUGGAAAGGAGGAGGAAGGGCGUGGAAGCUGACUGAUUUUUAGAAAGCCAGAGGAUCUUUUACCCUGAGCAGCACACAGGCGUACAGGGAAUGGAUAGGAGCUCCUUAGUACAACAGGUACUGCAACUGCGAUGUGAGGCUCUCCCCACCAUCUCCCCAGCAAGAAACCUGAGGACAAUGCCGGUCACCCACAUGGAUGUGCUGCUACAAGGUCUCCACUGCCAAGAAUCCCAGAACUACAUCUGAUGACACUUUGGCACAAAAGAAAAAAAAAUUACCAGCCAGUGAUUUUUUUUUAAUUUUUUUUAUUUUUUUUUCUCUGUGAUAGGAGUACUUCAUUCUUUUCUGAAAUGCUGAGAAGAAAAUUACGUAAUUGUAAAGUCAAUCGAGUAAACUUUCUUAUCUGUAUUGCCCUCACUGCAGUGACACUUACAGUGGUUAAAAACCACAACAAAACUCUAUUUUUUGGCCCUAGGAACCUAGAGCUUGUAUUGGAGAAUCCUACCAGCCGUGUGAAUUGCACCAAGAUCAUAAGCGGAGACUAUGCGGAAAUCCAGAAUGCCAAAUUAAAUAUGAUCACUGUUGAGUACAAGAGGCAUCUACAUCAACUGACUGAAAAUGAUUACAUCAACAUGACAAAAGACUGCGACUCUUUUACCAAGGACCGCAAAUAUAUUUUAUAUCCACUCAGCAAAGAGGAGAGUGACUUCCCUAUAGCAUAUUCAAUAGUGGUUCAUCAUAAAAUUGACAUGUUGGAAAGACUGUUGCGCACAAUAUAUAUGCCUCAGAAUUACUACUGUAUCCAUGUUGACAAAAAAGCUACGGAAUCUUUUCUGUCUGCAGUGAAGGCAAUUGCAGCUUGUUUUGAAAAUGUCUUCCUUGCAACCCGAUUGGAAAAUGUAGUGUAUGCAUCAUGGUCACGAGUGCAGGCUGACAUCAACUGCAUGAAAGAUCUGUACCAUGCGAAUGCCCACUGGAAGUACUUAAUAAACCUUUGUGGGAUGGACUUUCCAAUAAAAACCAACCGAGAAAUGGUGCAAAUGUUAAAAGCAUUGAAGGGCGAAAACAGCCUAGAAACUGAGAAGAUGCCACCACAUAAAGAAUCCAGGUGGCGGAAACACUACCAAAUAGGUGAAAGUGUUCAGAAAACGGACAUCGACAAAAAGCCACCACCCUAUCAGGUCCCUGUGUUUUCUGGCAGUGCCUAUUUUGUUGUUAGCCGAGCAUUUGUCAGCUAUGUCCUGGAAAAUGACAAAAUUAGAACCUUUCUAGAAUGGUCUGAGGACACUUUUAGUCCAGAUGAAUUUGUAUGGGCCACAUUACAAAGAUUUCCUGAAAUGCCAGGAUCGGUCCCUGCCAAUGGGAAGUAUGACAUUUCUGACAUGAACUCAAUAGCCAGGUUUGUGAAGUGGCAGUACUUGGAAGGAGAUGUGUCCUUGGGUGCACCGUACCCACCAUGCAGCGGGACUCAUGUCCGUUCAGUGUGUGUUUUUGGAUCUGGUGACUUGCAGUUUAUGUUGGGAAAGCACCACUUAUUUGCUAACAAAUUUGACAUGAAUGUUGAUGCCAUUGCUAUUCAGUGCCUGGAAGAACAUUUGAGACACAAAGCCUUGUAUACAGAAAGGCAUGGGUGAACUCUGCAGGUCUGAGUACACACACAGUGCUAAUAUUCACCAUUGUACAGUAUUGUGGCACAGCUUUGUGAGGCAGGAGUGUCAGGAGAGAAGCUAUCACAGAAAGAUAAUGGUACUAUUUAGGGCUGCAGUUGGGAAACUAUGUAAAGGCCAGUACUCACGGCCCGAUUUGGGAGAGAUGUGUGCUGAGCGUACCGCUCAGCACACAUCUCUCCUGGCGCUCAGCACAGCGCGAUCUGUGCUGAGCGUGCGGGGGGAGACGGGGGGGCCGCUCAUUUCACCCAGCGGGUGAAGUGAGCGACCCGCUAGAUUGGCCUGCAUGCAGGCCAAUCUAGCAGCAGCGAUAGCGAUGUGCGGGGCCGCGCAUCGCUAUCGCCGAGGGGGCUACACACGGAGCGAUGUUGCUGAAAAUCUAAGCAAUCUAGUCAGAUUGCUUAGAUUAUCGCUCCGUGUGUACCCCCCUUUAGGCUUAAAUCUUAACUCCGUAGGAGUUGCAGUGCAAUAAAGUCCCGACUAUAUAAUCACACAAUGUUUUUUCUCUAUUUAUAGAUGCAACAGUUUUCGUUUAGCGACGUUGAUUAGAUCAGUUGACAUUACAUCCAAAGGAUGUGUUCAGGCAUGCUUACAGAUUAGGGUAAAUGGUGUUUCUCACCAGUGUGCCUUGUUGGUAAUAAGCAAUAUCUCUAAUAUACGCCCAUGUCUUGUUUUGUGACCGCUGCUAGAUGGAAUUUUCAAACUCUGUCCUCCUUUCAUACCAUACAUACUUUUGUGUUUGUUUUUGUCCCUAAUCUCACAAACCGUAGCGUGUUCCUGAAAAGGUAUAAAUAGCCAGUCAAAUUGCUGUGAGCCCAGUAUGUUUUCUUUACAAAACGUAAAUGUACAUAUAUUUUGUGUUUUAAUAUACAGUAUGUAUACAGGCCUUGGGCUGGACUACCUAGCGUGCCCCGGGCCCCUUUUCUGAGGUUACACUUGAUCCUUACUAUUUGUUUUCUGUAUUUUUAGUAUAGCCAGAGCUCUUAGGGAUAAAAGAUCAGCGUUUAAUUUAAUUACCAAUUUAUUUAAAAAAUUAUUAUAUUAAUUUAAAUGCAAUGCUCAAACACUUUAUAAGUAAGCAAGUAUUUGAUGACAAACAUUCACCUUUUCUCACAUCUGUUGUUCUAUGUGCUACAGUAUAUUGUAUUAGGGUGUAGGUGAGAAGUUCUCAACAUUUAAAAUUAUGGACUAUUUGUGAGGGUUUUGUGUCUUUACAGUUGAAAUUGUAUUUAAGAUUGCAUUCUGCAUUUGUAUUUAUUUUAUUUCUACCAAAUUUCCUUUUUAAGCACUCGAACAUUUUAUUAAGCCUAUUUUGUUUUUGUUUUUUUCCCUCCAAAGGUUUAUGUAACUGAUAAACAUGCAAAUUUUGUUUUCUCAGGACAUCUUGUGUUAAGUGCCUGUCCAAUGUUUAUAUGAUGUAUAGUAUUUUUCUACAUAAUUAAAUCAAACUCCUUUUUUAUUUUUCUGAAUGAAGUGUCUCAAAUUGUAGUAUGUGGUACACAUUGCUAUGGUGAUUUGCAUAAUAAAACAAUUAAUGCGGUCUAAAAUUA